GCUUGACUCGUGCGGCAGCGGAGCAACAAACAAGAAACAAGGCAACCUGUUGCGUGUGUGACGCCGUUUCGGACGGAAUCAUUUUCUUUUUGUGCUUCAGCUUUUUUUUGGUUGCGCAUUCCGUGUUGCGUGCGUUGUUUUUUGAUUUUAUCCACGGGAAAAGCAUCCGAUCGGUCGAAAUUUACGUUCAAUUUGUGAUGUUUGUCGCCGUGAUCUUUUUUGGUGUGAUUUUAAGUUAUAACCUGCAUGAUUUUCGGUGAAAAGUGGAAAAAAUCUCCGCGCGAGUGCUGGGUUCGGAGACACAGAAGAUGAGCAUAAUGGCGACGACGGUGACAGGCAAGAUGAAACCAUCAUCGAAGCCAGCGAAUGAGUUUCUGACCGGAGACGGAGUGGAUUUGGCAAACGAGCAGAAACAACUGACCGCCAACGGGGGUGGUGCUGAGGGUGCCACUGAUCAGGAUGAUCUGGAUUUGUUCUUGAGUGAAAUUACUGUGCAGUUCGAUGAUGAAGUGCAAACAUUGUAUGUUGGUCCCGUGGAGAUUGUUGAUGAUGAUGACGACGAUGAUGGCGAUGACGGCGAAGGUGAUAAAAGUUCAGCAUUGGCCGAUACCAUCCCUGCAGUGGAACAGACGAAUAUACAAAUUGCAAAUGCUCCAAUGGAGCAAACAACAUUAGCAUCCGGUCAUGCAAUGACUCAAGAAAGUGUCCAUUCAGUUAAGCACGACGAUGACGUCACGGUUGAUAUUCCACCGGUAGAGUCCCACACAGCAGCAGUAUCAUCAUCAUCAUCAUCAUCGUCGAUCGCGGCUGACGCGGCGUCAUCGAAUCAGCCAGAAGAAGAAAGCAAUAGUCAACAGGAACAGCUUCCCUUGCCGAUGUCGCCGACGAUAGAAAUGCCAACUCCUGCAGUGCCGCCACCCACCCAAUCGGUAGAACAGUGUGAUGAUAUCAAGGAAUCAGCAGGGGGUGGUGAUGGUGAGGCGUCACCCAAUGAAGAGGAAGAGGUCGGCAACGACGAUUCAGCAAACGACGGCCGUCUCCACCAUUUGACAGCAGCUGGUGUUGUUAUUGAUCCGAAAAAUGGAGAAGCAGAGCAGCCAGUCUCGGAUGGAGAAUUAAUCACAGAACCCGAACCGGUGGCAGAAGAAUCAUCACUGUCUUCGAAUUUACAAACUACGGAGUUAACAGAACCGAAAACUACACAACAGACGUCUAUUGAGCAGGAGUCUGAAAAACUUAUACCUACUGAACUGGAAUCUGCGGUGGAACCAGAUUCUUCAGUAACAACAUUGGCUCCGGAAUCGCCAAAAUCUGACCCGAACCUACAACUUCCCUCGCAGGAAUCAUCAAAAACGCAAACUGUAGAGUUUACAGAAUUGCAAGCUACGACUAAUUCGACUGCAGAAUUGCUGAUCCCUGACUCUGGGACACCAGUUUCACCUCAGAAGCCUUCAGAAACAAGCGUUGAGGAUUCACCUGCAUUGGUUUCUACAGAGAUAACACUCACAGAAUUGACAGUGGUCGAAAUAGAAUCUGCCCACCAAACGGAACCAUUAACGCCAGAAGUAGCAGCCACAUCACAACCAGCUGAAGUUAUUCCAUCUACCGCUGAGUGCAUCGAACCAGAGGAACCGCAGCCCGACACGACUCGCGAGGAACAGCAAUCACCAACGAUAGAACCUCACUUGACACCGCCGCGUUCGUCGCGGAGAAAAUCACCACGAUCAAAGGCCAUCAAAGAAGAAAUCAAUCAGCUCACGCCGGUGCUUCCGGCACCAAUUGGCGAAGAGGAUUCUUGUGUGAAAAAGUUGGAAAUAGAACAAACGCAACUCCAGGAGGAGGUACCGGAGGAAGAAGAAGUAGACGAGCAGGAUUGUUCCGCUGAAGGGGAACUUAUCGUGCCGGAUGUGUUAGUUCCACAGCGGUACGACAAGGACUCUUCGCCAGCUGGCAGUGACAGUGGGAUCGAGAAUGAGGGCACGGAUUUGAGCAAGGCGACUUCGUUUGAGGAAGGGGAACAUUUGGAGCUGACUGUGACCGACAAGACUUUAGAAAACAUUCCAGGGGAAAUUGUCGUUGGUGAAACCGACGAGGGCCAGCGGGGGCAAUUAGCGGAGAACGAGAAUACUCAGAUAAUAGUACUGGAGGAGAUAGUGAUUCAAAGGGCACAGGGUAAACUAAUUCAGUGCGCACAAUGUGCGAUGUGUUUUAAGAAGGAACUGUGGUACAAGAAGCACCUGAUGAAUUACCACGGAAUUGAUUUGAGUAAUAUUGCUCAUUUUCUCUCGAACCUGCAAACGUUGGAUGAGGGUAUUCAAGAUGGGGAUGACGGUACGACUGAGCAGGAAUUUGAAGAAUUCCAGCUGGAGGAUGGAUCAGCGAACGACGACGGAGGCAAUAAUGAUUCAUCCGAUAAGACUGAAGAGCAAACUACGAAUGGUAAACGUAAGAGCGAAGAAUAUACAGUGAAAUCGGUUAAAAGAGUACGCGCAAAAGCAGCUCCCUCGACGCCUAGCCCGAGUACAAUGCAAAUGUAUCCGGAGGUGAAGCUGUCAACCAGCAAGGGUAAGCCGAAGGCACCAAGACGACGCAAGGAAAAACUGGUUUUGAUUAAUUCCGAUGCCGAUAUGAGAAUCAAGCAUGAGUAUGCCCCAGUUUCGACACAUUCGGAGGAAUCUACGAGUGCUUCGUCACAGUCGUCCCAGCCCUUGAUGAACAACAUGUUCGUUGUCAGAUACCUCGAACAGGCAGCGUUGAUGGUCGGCAGUGAUGAAACGGCGGAAACACCGUCCUUGAACAAAUCAAAUAACAGGUUGAGCAAUUCCAAUGAUCCGCUGUCGUACGAAGAGUUGGAUGACAGUUUGACUCCAUUCGAGAAAUCGAAGAUCGUGCAGAUCACCGAAGAAGAUAAAAUCAUAUUCACUUGCAGUAUUUGCGAAUCCGUUUUCGACGAUCGACGGCAUGUCCAGGAACAUGUGAAUAAGGACCACAGCGAUGUGAAACGGCGUAGCUGUCCGCAUUGCGGUCGCACCUUCAAUCAAACCGGAGAUCUGACACGGCACGUUCGAAUUCACACUGGAAUCAGGCCUUUCAAAUGUCCCUUCGAGGACUGUGAGUACGCAUUCAUCUCCUCCGGUGAUCUGCAUAAACACGUUCGCCGGCACAAUCAGCAGAACGUUCCAAAACCACACGUUUGCACCGUAUGUGGCAAGGACUUCGAACGGGGCUACGAUCUAAAGCGACACAGCUCGAUGCACGCCAAGGACGAUCCCAACUUCCAGGGUUUCAAUUGCGAGCUGUGCGGAAAAAUGUUCGCCCGGAAGGACCAAUAUCGCGCUCACACAUAUCGACACAUUGGCUACAAGCCGCACAAGUGCACUCAAUGCGAUAAAACCUUCUCGGAUGCCAGCAACUACGCCAAACACAUCAAGGUGCACGCGAUGGAUGGGGUGCAGCUGUUUUGUCACCAUUGCGAGAAGGGUUUUAAGAACAAGAUGGCCAUCUCGAAGCAUGUGCUGCGUUGCAAAUACAAAACGACCACCCGGAAGAAGAGCGCUCCGCAGAAAAAGAAAGCCGCUAAUGUGAAAAAAGAACAUCAGGAGCCGGAGCACAGCGCGGAGAAAAUCCGUCGAAACACAGCCUAACGAAUCGAUUGAAUGCUCGAAUGCGCUAAGAUGAUUGCGCGAAUACUGUUGGCAGCAACCCUAGCAAUAGCAUUGUAGAUGUACCCGAUAAUCUCCCUCCUUAGUAGUAGAAGUAGUUUUUUAAGUCAUUAGCAGGAGCUGACUACUUAACUUUCAGUUUAGGUUACUAGAAUUAUUGUAGAACUGAAAGUUCUCCUCCAGGAUAUUGCUCUUAUAUUUUUUAAUUGUGUACUUUUUUUUACACUCAGUUUAUUGUCUGUAUUUUUGAACUGUUUUGCCUAUCUCACAUACUGAAAAUAAACAGCUGGGACUGAUCAACAUUUAAGACAUUUUUUUUUGUAAUAAAGUAUUUGUUAUUUAGUUGCUGAAAACUGCACAAGAAGUGAAUGGCAAUAAGAAUUAUUAGUGAUAAAAGGUGAGCUAAUUACAAGAUAUUCUUCUAACAGGACUUUGAUGUCAAAGAUCUUGUAUCUGUGGUAGUGGUAGAGGGUUUGCACGAAGCUAGGCUCGUAAAUGUAGAGCUCCAUUUUCCAACGACUUAUUUAUGUUUCCUUUAUUGCUUAGCACUUCAGUACCUACCGUACAGCGCCGUUUGAGUUCCAUAUUUUGGUUCAAUAAUAGGGAAGAGUAUAUUAAUGACCGUGGAUACAUUCAUUAGGGGUACCUAUUCUUAGUGGGCAAUAUAUUCUUUCAAAUGUAAAUUAUCAAUUUUCCUGGGAAUCCUCAAAAGACUAACGCAAGACGUAACGGUUGCGGAACCUAAUGAUACCUAACUCUUAUCAACUGCAUUAGUUGAACAAAUAGUACUUAAUAACAGUUCAUUAAAAAAGUAAAAA